UUUAGGCUAGCGGCCCUCAGCUGAUCCUGGCUGAUCAGAACAAAGUUGAAGUGUGUGUGUGACUUACUCCAGUUAUUAUACAAGAUGACCGAGGAAAUUGAGGAACAUAGUGUUAAGAUCAACAUUAAAGGGACAAUACAGGCACCUAAGAAGAAUGAAGUUAUGUUCAAUUCCGACAUGACAGUAAACAGAUCACUUGUCCUGUGCGCAUUAGCAGCAUACAGUGACUCGGGCAAGUGCAUCAAUGGCCCCAUACGAUGUCUAGAUGCUCUAGGUGCUACAGGUGUCGCAGGAUUGGCCUGGGCUCGACAGAUACCCAAGGUUGCUGUUGUAAUAAAUGAUCAGCUUCCUGCUGCCACUAAGAGGAUCCAAGAGAAUGCUGCUGCUAACAGUCUUCAAGUUGAUAUUACCACAGAGGAUGUUAGUGUUCUGUUGCACCAAAGACCUUUUGACUUUCUAUUUUUAGAUUGUUAUGGAUCUUCAGUGCAUUACCUUGAUGCAGCAUUUCGCAAUGUUCCGAAGAAUGGCAUCCUUGCAAUAACAUCUACUGAUGAUGCUGCUCUCUAUGGGAAAGCCUCAGAUGUAACCCUGAGGAACUAUAGUGGAUACGUUGUCAAAACUUCUUAUGCCAAAGAACUAGCAGCAAGACUUGUGCUAGCUAGUGUUGUCAGAGCUGCUGCUAAAUGUAACAAAGGUGUUGAAGUUUUAUGCUGUGUAGCCCUAAAGAGCUUCAUCACUGUCAUCGUACGUGUCUUACGUGGGCCAUCGGCUGCAAAUAAAUGUGUCCGUAAAAUCAGGCAUAUCAUCCACUGCUGUAUGUGUGAGGACAGAGCCUUCUAUCCUCAGACUGUCUAUCCUCUUGAACAACCAUAUUCACUAUUAUCAUGUGACUGUUGGAGUAAGAGUGCUGGGAAAUGGGCUGUUGAGCUCGGUCCAGUGUGGUGUGAUGAGAUCUUUGAUCCAACCUUCUGUCAAGCAAUGUUAUCUCAAGCCACCAAAUUACAGCUGCCACACAAAGUGACCACUUUACUUACGACCAUUGUUAGUGAAGCUAGGUGUAAAGAUCAUCCUGGUGCAAACGUGAGUAUAGGAGGAGACAAAGAAAACACCUUGACAGAGGGACUGGAGGAGAGCAUAACUGGGCCAGAAGAAGAGGAGGAGGAGGAAGGGAUACAUGGUCAAUCAUAUCAUUCUGUUGAUAAUGACACGGAUGGAGAAACUCCUACAAAACGUCUGAAGACUGAGCAUCCUGUACUGAGGUCCCCACCUUUUUACUUUAAUCUCCAUCGUCAUUCCCCUAAAGGCCACGACUUGGGUAAAAUCAACAAAGUUGUAGAAUACCUUAGAAGUUCCACUCAUAAAGCCAGUCGAACACACUUUGAUCCUGAGGCCAUUCGAACCAGCUGCACCCUUGCUGAGUUUACGAAGCUCUUGUUAGAGUUUUCAAAUGCACAAAGCUAAGUACCUUAAGUGUUUGAUGUACUAAAGUAAAGAAGUAUUAUUUAAUGUACAUCAUCAGUAGAUGUUUAAGUUUCCUUGUAUUAUUGACUUAAUUCUGUGAUACUGUGAAUAGUAGAAGAAUCACCAUUGUUUGACAUAUGAUUUAUAUUUCCUUAUAAUCAUAGAAGUUUCUUCAGAUCUGGAAAUGUGUGAGACUUGUUUAAAAACAAAAUCGUUUGUGUGAAGUAGUUAUGGCAUAAUUUUUUUCCUUACAAAAAAUUAAAAAGCUUUUAAUUUAGAGUAUGAUGUAUAGAUAGUCCACAUAUUUUUUUAAAAUACAAAUGAAUGGAAAA